CGUGACGUGAUUUUCCCCGAUGAUGUGUGAUUUCAUUACCUGAAACGCAAAACAACCCCGGCAGAUUUAUCAUGUCUGCGUCCCCUCCGUGCAAAGGCGCUGCCGCGUCCGCGCUUCUGAUUGGCCGGCUGCGCGUGAGCUCCACAGCGCCGCGCCUCUCCGGGAUCCUCUGGCGCAGAGAAACAGCGUAGCUUCGGCCGCCUUGACAGGGAGGACCAAGCCGGGGUUGAGGGGAGGGGGCUCCGAAGAUGAUCUAAAUUCCAUAGGGGGUCAGACCGGCAUUUCAAAGCGGCCCUAGUGUUCAACCCUGCGCGCCGUCGUUGGAGGAGAGACGCAGAAGCGUGCAUCUCCUCUCCCAGCCUGAUCCUUGAGGGGUGUGUCCACCGAGCCAUUAUGUCAGUCCAAACUCCGUCCCUCUCUCGCUCUGGCUCCACCCCUUCUACCGGAGGUCUGGAUAAUCGCAGCGGUCCUUCCCCAAACCCACCAAACUCUCUCAGCCUUCGUUCGUCUUACAACCAGCUGCUUGGACGUGAUAUCAUUAAGGAAUCGAUGGCAACGGGAAGCUCAGCCACCCUGCCCAAGAGCAGGCAGAAGAACACAAUGACCAGUGUGCGAAGCGCCGUGGGAAUCAGUGACAACCUGGCUUUGUUGCCUAAAAACCAAUCUGCGAUCAAAGGUAGGGGCCUUCCAACCAAGUCUUCCUCCAGUUCAGCUCUCUACUCUUCCUCCUUAUCAUCUUUCUUCAACACAACCAACCCCAAACUGGCAAAGAAUGGAGCCAACAUGCAGAGGCGAGCUGAGAACCAGCAGGUGGAGCUGAGCAGGGCCAACACAGUGGACAAAAUUCACAACCAUCUGAUUGGUAACCCAAGUUCAGAUUGGCCAGAGUUUGGCAAAGACAACUCACAGCUGCCCCCGUAUCGCAGAAGGACCAAGAGCUUCUUGGAGUACCAUGGCAAAGGCUGGGAUCUGGAUUCAGGAAAAAAAGACGACAAGAAAGAGAACAAGCAUCAGCCCUCAUCAGAGAAGGAGCAGGCCAAUCCUGCUAAAGAGAGGGAGAGCCAGAAAGAAGAGAAGCUGAGCAGCAAAGACUCAAGUCUGGAAGAGAAGGAAGAUGUGGAGGCUGUGGUGGAAGAGGAUGAAGCAGAUGAGCCCACUCCAACUCCCAAACAACCCCUGCUACCAGUGGUGGUGGAAGCUCCUCUUUCACCGACCUCCUCUUCAUCCACUGACAGCCCAGAGUGGACACCUGAGAACCACAGUAACCCCCAAAGCCAAGCUCCGACACAUGUCAGAGGAGAGCAUUGUGCCCAGGUUCAGCUGUGUCCACGCAGUCCUGCUAAGCCCCCACGAAGCUCCCAGCCCCGGGUGAUCAAAGUGGAGCUGCACCCCAACAACGAGAACCAGUUUUUGCAGCAGUAUCCACCAUCUCCUCCCAAACAGCCCAGAGCAGCAGAGAAGAACAAUCCUGCCAGGACCCAGGCUCCUCUUACCCUGACCAUCCCUGAAGAGGAAACUAAACUCCCUAAAGUGAGUUUAAAAAUUGACCUGAAUCCUGACACUCCUUCAGAGGAUGAAGACUCCAGCUGGACCACAUUGUCCCAGGAGACACCGUCUCCGCAGACUCCACGUGAGACAGCAGAUGUGUGGGCUGAAGGGGACCUGCCCCCGGGCUGGCGGGAGAUAUCCGACUCAUCUGAGGUCUAUUUCUGGCACGUUCCCACCGGCACUACACAGUAUGACCGACCUGUUGCCUCCGACAACACCUCUUCCAAUAAUGAGCCAGAUGCCAAGCUUGACCAGCAAAGCGACAAACAGGAGUCUUUGAAACCGCCGGCGGAGCGCCCCAGCAGCCUGAUAUCCGACAGCUCGGUGGAGCCUGUUCCGUCCCCCACCGGCUCGUUUUCCUCCCGAUCCUCCUCCCCCACACCCUCCAAUGCUAUGUCUUCUCCUGGACGGACUGUGGACACCACCCCCACCCCCACCACCACCACCACCCGUACCGUCAAUGAGCUGAAGGACUAUCCAGUCUAUCCAGAUCCCAGUCUUAAAGCAUUUGAAGGAGCAACUCUGCGCUAUGCUUCUCUAAAACUCAACCCUACAGCUCAGCUACAGACGGUGGACCUUGACAGCACAUAUCCGGAUGCAGAGGCAAUGUCCUUUCCAGUGCGCUCUCUUGGCUGGGUGGAGAUGGCAGAGCAGGACCUUUGUGAGGGUAGGAGCAGUGUGGCCGUCCACCAGUGUAUCAGACAGCUGUCCUACUGCAGGAGGGACAUACGGGACUCAGCCGGUGUCUGGGGGGAGGGUAAAGGGAUGCUUUUAGUGCUGGAGGAUCGCAUGUUAAGCCUGGUGGACCCGGAUGAUCACAGCUUGCUCCACUCUCAGCCAAUCAGCAGCAUCCGUGUCUGGGGAGUCGGCCGAGACCAUGACAGCUCCUCCUCUACGAUCCUGCUGCCCUCAGAGGAUCUCACACCUCCAUUCCUCUCGGCUGCAGACCCACCUCUUCUCUCUGGCUUGUCAUGCUCUCUUUUAUUACCUUUAUUACUCUCUUUUCUCAUGCUUGGACCUCUAUGUUCCAUUCAUUCUGAGCUUUUGACUGACCGUAUUUCAUUACCAUCCCAAGCAACUUUCAACUCUUUUCCUGUGUUCCCACUGAUCUUAGAUUAUUAGAUUAUUUGUUUUUUUGGAUUUAAAUGUCAAGCAAAUGCAACAGUUUCAUCAUUCAUACACAACAUUUUGUCAUUUAUUCAAAAAUCUGAGCAUAACAUUAAUAUUUCUUUUAAUUUUAAAAAGAAAUGUAGUUGUUGCAAAGUGACCAAUAGUACAGUGUGGCAUUUGGAUUAAAAUACUUGCAGCACAGUAAUGCUAGGAUAACUUUAACUCCUUCAUACCGGAAUUUUUCCAAAUAAUUCAAAUCCAAAUAAUAUUUUUUCCAAAUAAAUAAAAAGAUAUUAUUCAGUGUUUUUUCCAUUUAAGGGGAAAUUAGGUGAAGUCUUGGAUUAAUAGUGCAUUUCAAAAUAGCAGUAUACAGCGUGAAGGGGUUAAAAUCCUAAUGUAAAUGUAAACAGGGGAAAGAAACAGUUUGAUGCAUGUAUAGUUUUUAAUUGAUCUCAGUACCUAAAAUUAUUUAAGUAUUUGUGGGCUGGAAGGGUUUCAGUGUUUGAAGGGCAUAGCUCCAAACCUUGACGUCAUGGUCACCAAAGAGACAGUAGUGGCACUACACUGGGACUGAAAUGAAUGAAUACCUAAGAAAACCUGGGGGAAAUAUAGACUGAAGUCUAUUUUGGGCCUUUCAUCAAGUAGCAGUGCAGAAUAAUACAAAUGCCAUUUAAGAUUGAAGGAAUGUAUAGUAAAGCUAAAAAAAUAUUUUUAAAAGAUUAAAUUAUAAAUAGUUGUUACACGGGGCUUGAUUUUUUUCAUGUUUUCUGUUGAACAUAUAACAGUACCAGUAGUUUUUCUAUCAUUAUUCAUUUUCUAAAAUUGAGAGAAUUUUUGAUUUCUUAAAAAAAAAUUAUUUAAUAUUAUUUUAUUCUCUGUGUUUCAACUUUAAUUGCAACAUCUGUUACUAAAACAGAUCAGUGGUGUGUUUAUAAGUUUAUAACGGCAAAACGUAUUUUAAAUUCCCAUGUACUCAAAAAAAAAUUUGUUGAGUUCUAAUCUUUAAAAAAAAAAAGAAACCUUAGCUUAAACAUUUUAAGUAUGUUAACUCUUUAACUACCCAAACAAGACAAAAUCAGUAAAAGUAAAAUAAAAUGUAAGGAAGGGGUUCUGCUGCUUAUUGCAUUUAGAUGGUAAUACACUCAAACAAUAUUUUUAAUAAUAUGCUUUUUAAAUGUGCCUUGCCAUUCGGUUGAGCUGGAAGUUAAGGGUUAACAUAUUAGCCAAAAUGUAUGACAUUAAAUUAAAUAAAUUUAGACAAAAAUGCAUUGGAGCACUUCUGGCAAUAACCCCCAAGCUGGAGGACUGGAAAGACCUCAGAUGUCUCAGUCCAGAAAAGCGCAGUUCUAGGAACAGCUAAGAUUCUGCGCAGGACCCUUAAGCUCCCAGGCUUCUGGUUGAGGACCCAAGCUCAUAUUUUAUUUGUGAUAGUACUACAUUUUCAACAGAAAACAGAAAACAUGAAUAUAUAUAUAUGUAUAUAUAUAUAUAUACGACCAGCUAAAGGUCAAACAUCGGUUAUAAGACAUAUGUCUCGUUGUGACUGACAGCUUCAAAUUUCUUCCAAAAGUCAAACCUGUUGGUGCAACUAUGACAGUUCUUCAUGGUAUUUGAAAGCUGGUAGGAGUCACUGAAUUUUAUGUGAUACUUUGACUUAAAAAAAAAAAAA